UAAAGCUCACCGGUGGUUAUAUUACCUGACAGUCAAACAGAGGACACAGACAGUCGCUGCUGCGCGUCAAGGAAUAUGGCAAAGACUGCGGGUAAAGGCAACUUAAAACCACAUUUGAACCAGAAUGGGCUGAAAGGCGAAGAUAUCAAUAUAAAUGGCUAUCACAGCAGGAGAGAGAAAAAUGGCCCAGGGACUGGUGUCGCCUCCAGGCAGCACAGGCACGAGUCCUUUGAACAGGCCCCCAUGUACGUGGCUGUCCUGACAUACCUGGGCUUUGGCAUUGUCACGCUGUUUGGCUACCUCAGAGAUUUCCUCAGAGCCGUGGGCUUAGAGAAGUGCCACCUUGCCCGGGAAAGAGUGGAACAGAAGGCUUUCAUACCUCUUUAUCAAGAUUUUGAGAAUUUUUACACUCGAAACUUGUACAUGAGGGUACGAGACAACUGGAACCGUCCCAUAUGCAGCCUGCCGGGACCUGUAUUUGACCUGAUGGAGAGGGUGUCCGAUGACUACAACUGGACCUUUAGGUUUACAGGGAGGACCAUACCCAAUGUCAUCAACAUGGGCUCUUACAACUACCUCGGUUUUGCUGAGAACAAUGCUGAUUUCCUGAAAACGGUGGCAGAGACGACACGCCAGUAUGGGGUUAGUGUCUGCAGCACAAGGCAGGAAAUAGGUGAGUCUGUGAAAGUCCAGCUCCACCCCCACAACGUUUCUGGCCUUGCCGAUGAGUUUGUUGAGUCUGUUGACAUCUGCUCCCCUCAACCUGCUGCCCUAGCAAACAACAGCAAACGGGAUAGCACAGACUCAUUAAACAUCCUCUCCAUUGUCCAGCAGAUGUCGGACGACCUCAGCCUCCUCAGAAUCUAG